UGUUGCCUUCCUUUAUUUUGCGUUCCAGGUUAACACAAGCUGCACUCGUCGACCUGAGCUUCUUAGCACCCUUCUCUCUAUGUACAAUAAUGGGACCUGCACAGCUCUACCAAAGAAGAUUUUAAAAUGGACAGGAAACUGUAUAAGAACCUCUAAUAUGGCUGAUGAACUUCUUUGGCGUGUCCAGAGGCUCUUUUUUCUAAACGGUGAUCAAGAUCUUUCAUCCUUUCUAUUAGUUGAUCUUGGUAUGGUGAAGUUCCCAGACUAUACCUGCAACAUUUGUCACCAUAUUUUUAAAGAAAGAAAUGAUUUACUUGAGUACAAAGAGGCUAUUCGAGUGGCACAGUUGAUGGAUGAAUCUCUUGAUAAUGAUAACAUGGAAAUGGUGUCAAGGUGUGCUGAUUUGUCUGAGAAUCGAGUAUGCAGUAUGCCAACAGAAGAAGAUAGCAACUUAGCUGAAUCUCCUCCAUCAUUCUAUUCAUGCUUUUCUUCUACUUGGGUCUAUUCAAAAGUACUUACAUUAGGUGUCUCUGUUUAUGAACGCGAACGCAGGUAAGUUGUGAUAAGCUUA